UCAGUUCAGACUUGCGGCACUCCUGGCUCUUCACGUGCUUUAUGCGCAUGCGUGCUGAAAGUGCGCGUGACAUGUUCUUCAGAAUGCUACAACUGUGGAGUUGAGAAGAAAAUAAACAGUUUAAUCGAAAUCAUGCAUGUUCCACAGAGCGUGUUGAACCAAUAAAUAAUGCUGUAGAAACACUCGUCCACUAUGCUGAGUCGCCUUCAGGAGCUCAAGAAGGAAGAGGAGACUCUUCUGAAAAUAAAAGUCAUGCUGCAAGAUCAGCUCAACAGACUUAAGUUUGAGGAGGGGACCCUGAAGUCAAUGAUCAAUGCUCAGUCUGAAGAAAGCCCAAAUGAAGCCCCUGUCCCUGAGGUGGAAGUCAACCUGGAUGAUGAGACGGAGAUCAACCAGACCAAACUAGUAUUGGGUGCUCAAACAGACUAUGACAUGGAAGAAGAAGACGAGGAGGAAGAGGACGAGGAAGAUGACGACGAUGCAGAUGAUGAUCUUGAUAUGGUGCUAGAAGAUGAGGAUGAAGAUGACAACUACUGACUGUGCCUGCAAAGAGAGCAUUAUCAUUUACUCCUGUGUUUAGGUGUGUAAUCUGCACAUUUGGCAUGCUGAAAGAGACUGUCUCUCUGUCUUAGAUUGGUGUUGCUUUAGAUAAACUGUUGGUUCACCAUCUAUAAAAUUCUCCAGAAGUAUGUGUAGCACAAAUACAACUCCUCCUAUAACUGUGCUGUUGGCCAAGCCUGCACUUUAUGUAUUUUUUAAAUACAUAUAAAUUAAAGAUUGCACCAAUCCUAUUUCAUGGCGUUUACCAAGUGAUGCUGUACUGUAUAGGCUUUAUUUAAUAUUGUAUUGUAUUGAUUUCAGAUUGAAUGCAUUAUGAUUAUGAAGCUGAUGAUAAGUAUUAUGUAUGUACAUGUUCAUGUUGUGAACUCGCAGAGGUAUUUUUUCUAUUUAGACUGAGUGUGUGGAAUAGGUUGUGUAUGCAUGGGCAUGACAAUUGUUCUAGCUGAGCCAGUAUUAUAACUUUUUUGUACUUCAUUGUUAAUGUACAGAGAGUUUCUAUGUUUUCUUAGAGAAAAACAUCUUUGAAGGUGCUCAGCGUAAUAGAUUUCAACUUGGAGUUAUGCAAGUUGUUUGGUUAGGUGUUUUGGUGUUGCCUUGAUGUAAAUGUAUGAUGUGUGAAUGACAUUUUUACAUUAACCCCUAGGUACAUGCUAAUAAAGGCGAGUAAGAUGA